UGAGAAAAAGUGUUUCAACGUAGACCAGGCUAUUAGAUUAGGAAACAUAUUAAUGUCCUUUAAAUAGGUUCACCAUGGCGCCAAGAAAACGCACCCAGAAUGCUAAAAACAAGAAGAAUCCCAAAACGCCGAAACUGGAAGCUUUUUUGCUUGAUUUUGACGAUGAAGUUCAUACAAUUGUUGAAAGACUGAAGGAGAAGACGAACAAUCUUCUGAAAGAUGCAGACAACCUUUACAAGACCGCUCUGAUAAAGCUUCCCAUGGCAGUGAGGAAAAUUAACUGGAUCGAGUACUGCAAUAUAGAGAAGCCAAAAUCACCAGUGGAUGAUUCAAAGGUGAGGGAGGAAGCUGCUCAAGUGGAGCUUGCUAUUGCCGAGAAUCAUGUGAUUCCCAAGUCUGCUGCCAAAGAAGCCAAGAAUGGUACAAACUCGGAGGAUGAAAACUUGGCACCUCUAAAGUCUACGGUGAAGAAGAAGAAAGCAUCAAAGAAGGCACCUUCUACAUCCAAGAAAGCCAGAGCGCUCUCCAUCAGCAAACAGGGAAACACUAUCCAAAGGUCUACAAGAAAGCCUCUGAUCACUCCUGCUAGAAGUUUACUUGAGUCUUCAAUCAUCGGCACCACUCCGCUCAUCACACCACGUUUUGACCCAAGAUUGCCCAAGACUCCAUCAUUGAGACUUCCACGUCACAGGGAGAAGGUGUUCAGCAUGUCUGUUAAUGGCUCACCUAUUGCUGGCAGUGGAGAAGACAUUGUCAUUAGUGUCCCCAUUGGAAACGGAGAGUGCAUUCAGCUGCUGGCCAGUGAAAUGGACUCUGUGGAUCUGAGUCAGCUGGAUGAGAGGGCCCUACGCAGUAUCAGAAACCUGCAGAAUCGUCUCACGACUCUUUGUGGAACAAACUGAACUCCCCUUCAAACCAUCAGCAUUGCGUUCUCCUGUCCUUUCCCAUUUUUAUUUUUGUAUUAUAACCAUAAUAGCUUUUAAUUUUUUCCUCCAUGUUUUCAAUAUUUGCUAUAAUUUCAUUCCCAAGAGCUUUUAAAGGGUAAAUGUAAAUAAGAUGUGCUGUACUUCUUUUGUAAAUAUGACCCUUAAAAAUACCCUGGUUCCACA